AUGUCACCCACACAUGUGGCCCCAUAUGAGCUGUUCGAAGCUAUGGACCCCGCGGGUUCCGGUGAGAUAGAUAUCGCUGCUCUGAUGCAAAGCUAUUGGGAUGUCGAGUACCGAGGGGCUUCUCGGGAUUCAAGCGACAGGGAAACUAUGACGUCUGAAAAUGGUAUGAGCUCGGGGAACUUGAGACGCAGUCAUCGUAUUGCUGCAGUUCUGGCCUUCCGAAAUGCGAGAUACGACGAUGCUAUUGUGAAUGCUAAACAAGCGCUUCGUGGUACAGCUGGGGCGGUGGACUCACCAGAGGCAGCUCUAGUUGAGCUCCUCCUGUUGUCGCGUGCAUAUGCGGCGAGCAACCAGCACGACUUGGGAGCGGGAUUCGUCAAUAGCCUGACGAUCGCGGUAGGUGGCCCUUGGGAUGACUUCUUUUAA